GAGUUCCAUUCUUAUUAAAAGAACUUAAAUGACAUUAUUCAUAACGGCAAAAUUACGAUUUCUUUAGCGCUGCGAUCUGAUAGUAUGGACGAUAGAGGUGCCCUCAGGAUUAAAAAAUGUAUACACAUAUACUCGCCUUCGAUUUUCGAGAUAUUUCUAUUUAAAGUUCAAAAAUUGUAAAAGUAAUGCAUGCGCGUCGAGCUCCUCUGCACUGGAGUGCAACUGCAACAACAUCCGUCCAUACGAUCAGAUCGUGGCGCCAAAGAAACCGUAGUCGUAACCGUAUUAAUAGUUAAUGGUUAAAUCCCAAGGAAAAUCAGCCGGCAACGCUAGGUGACAGAAAUGUCAAAAAAUAUCUACUCAUAGAUAGUUCUAAUGCCAUAUUCAGCUGUUCAAACUCAGAUAAUUGAUUAAUUUACAAACAAAUAUCCAACGUUUAUAAACUAUGGGUGCACCGGAACUGCCUGGAGACCCUGGUGAGGAAGACGUACAUGCAAUACAGACAAAUGUUCAGCAUCCUCCAAUGCCUAGUGAUGAUAGUGACAAUGAAAUGAACACACUGGAUGCAUACAAUGGAUACCAGCCAUUGGCGACGGGCAACGACAUCAACGAUUUCAACGAAGUCGCAAUGGAUGACAAUGAUUCUGUAGAUGACGACUCUGAAGAAACAAUGCAAUAUGUUGAUAACGCGAGUGCUGUUGAAAAUGGUAGUAUCAAUGAUAAUUUGCCAGAGGUAGAGAGUGCAGAUGCUGAAAUCGAAAGGCAAAUUUGGAGCCAACCACGCCCCAAGGAAUUACAAUUAGAAUUAGAUACUAAUAAAACCACACAAAUUUUAAAUGUCAUGGCAAAUAUAACACUUCCUAAUGCUGUAGUACCUGAAUGGGCCAACGGAGUGCCGGAAGAGCGGUGGAAAGAGGAACUACUCGAACGUAUACGACAACGUGGAGAUCUACGCCAAAAUAUCGAUAAAUGAAUACGAAUUGCUACGAAAGUUUAUAAUUGAUUAUAGUAGUUUUAUGUAUCUAUGUAGUCUGAAUUUAAGUAUAAAUAGUAUUUUAAAUAAAAGUGUUUGAAACUGCUGGUACUCCUUGUUUCAACUCAAUAAAUAUGUA